CGUCCAUUUCGCAUAAAAUAAUGUGUUUCGAUUGGUGCGAAUGUUACUUAGAUCUGCGUAGGAGAAUCAGUGAAUAUGGCGAGAGAAAGAAUCUUUUUGCGGGAGGAUACAGGAAACAGCGGCUGACAGCGUGUGGGCACGAUCUUAAAAAUCGAUGAGCGUGGGUUUGAAGAGCAAAGUAAAUUGAAAACGAGUCGAUUUUCGAAUGCAAAUACGACAUUGCAAGCAACGCGCGUACCUCCUCAUGAAUAGAUUCAUGAUUGUAAAAAGGCAAUAAAACUAAGGCUCAAGGAAAGAAGGUACCGAUCCCAAGGGACGAAGUUUUUAGUUAAUCUCUUAAAGUAUACUACUGUAAAGUACUACUUAACGAUGGGACCGUAUUCGCAGGUAUACGUCUUUUUCGAUGCUCACCGAGUGUUUUCUACGAAAUGCAUUUCGAACGACCAAUUGUUCGUCCAUUCAAUCUUCUUCUAUCAAAAUUUUUAAUGGAUUGUUCGAAUUCUGGCUGGAUUAGAAGUGUUGCAAUUGUAUUUGAUUACGACUCAUGCAUCUUGCGAUGUUCACGUGAGUCACUGUAAUCCAGUGAGCUUGCCAGAGAGCGUGAAAUCGUUUUUCUUUUAUUCCUUCAAUCUGUUAAUCCAUGCGGAGAAUAGCGGUCUUUCCACGCGAAUGAUGCGGUCGAGUGGUGGUAUUAUCGGGGAUGCCCCACUACCGCAACUAUGAAAGCAUUCGGAGGCGAUCCCCGCGAGUUUCCGGUAACGUUGCUUGCGGACCUGGUCAGUCAGGGCCGCAUUUAAAAAGGUGGUUGCAAGCUACCUUGAACUGACCGUCACUGGUACCACCGAGCCGAGGCUGUAUACCUGCGCGAAAUAAUUCAGUUCCUUCAACGACGGCUUCCCGACCGCAUCGGAGACUGUCAUGAAGACGAGUGACGAAGCGUGCGAUUAAACGUCAGUGAAUCACGUUGCUUAAUUAUAAUACGUCUCCCUGAUUCGGGAAUUUUGUCGAUUCAUGCGGUGCUUAGAGUCACAUGGGUAUCGAACGGGACCGUCGUAGUGGAAAACUUGAAUUUGUGACUGUGACCUUGUCUCAAACUGUGAAACAAUCGGGAAUGAUCGGCUGGUAAAUUGUUUGGACUGUCUCUGUGGGAAAUUUCCAAUUAAAUAUUCCGAGGGGAAGUUCAAGUCGUCUUUGUGUCAGAUGAAAAUUCUGUUCCGUAUUGAUAGAUUUCCCUCGCUUCGCGAAUAGCGAUUCUUUGUCUUCCUGGGAGAUUAUCGCUUCGCCGAGUAAAUACUAUCUGAGUUUUAUUGCUAUUUUCUGGUUUUCCUUGAAUCAACCGAGUGUACCCGUUGCCGGAUACGUGAAAACAAAGACGACAGCUGCGUUAUUAAACGAUCUGAAGUAUUUAUAUUAAAUACCAAUCGAUAAAGGUCUGUAAUUUUGGCCAGGAACAUUUACUGAAACGAUGUGUACGUCCGUGAUGGAGGGAUUUAUGUGUCGAACAAGACAGUAAAAAUCUAAAUAGUAAUGAUCGAUGACCUGCUGCAGAGUUUCAGGAUGAUCGGUGUCAUCGUGAAGAUCGCGCUCUUGGUGCAUUUUCUUUUCUCGAUCGCGGAGGUAUCUGGCCAGUCGCCGUGUCCCAACUAUUUCUGGUAUGCUAGGGACGACGGGACAAACGAAAUCGUCGGUUUCGUCGAGAUACCAUCACCGCCUAGAGGAGUCACGCUCGACCUCAGCGUCAGUUUGAGCAUCGCUGUUGCACUGCCUUCGAAAUACGUCGGUCGAUUAGAAUUGGCACAGUCGAAGGAGGACUCGGUCAGAGCGGUGAACGUGGGUCGGCCUCUCAGGUACAAGAUUCAUUUCCCACUUCCACAACCGAUACCCAUACUCACUGGCAUAAGGUUCAAUGGUCAAUUCGUGUGUUCCGGUCCACGUGCUACCGGACAAAUCGUCACUUCCAUUGUUCUCAAUCAUACAUUGUAUCCACCGGGAGUGUUGCCCCUGUCUCAGGAUCAGGGGAACAUGAUUAUAAUUUCUGACUAUAAUGUCCCGAUAAGGAACGACGCACCGUUUUCAAUAGGUCCGAAGCCAGAAAACAAUUAUUAUCCUCGACCACCCGCGCCAUCAGUGUUUGACAAUUACCCUCGUCCACCCGCGUCACCGACGUUUGACGAUUACCCUCGUCCACCCGCGUCACCAACGUUUGACAAUUACCCUCGACCAUCCGCGUCAUCACCGUUUGAUAAUAAUCCUCGUCCCCCCGCGUCAUCAUCGUUUGAUAUAAAUCCUCAGCCCCCUGUGUCAUCAUCGUUUGAUAAUAAUCCUCGUCCCCCCGUAUCACCAUCGUUUGAUAAUAAUCCUCGUCCACCCGCAUCACCAUCGUUUAACAAUUAUCCUCCACCGAGUCCAUCCCCGAAGCCGAUGUACUAUCCUAAGCCGCCUCGUCCGACGAGCGUCGCGACGACUACCACACCUGCACCGAAGCCGGAGGAUAAUAACUUAGAUUGUGGCCGGAGCGACGUAAAGGGUAUUAAUCGUCUCGUGGCGAAAGGAUCAAAAACGUCGCACGGUCAGUGGCCUUGGUUGGCUGCGAUUUUCAUCGUGAGACCCACGUACGAAUUCCAGUGCGAGGGAACGUUGGUGACCAAUAAUCACGUCAUUACAGCUGCCCACUGUUUCCAAUUAAACAACAUGAAUUUACCUAUCGGGGUCCUAGCAGUAUCAUUGGGACGGCAUCGCUUGCGGAAUUUCUUAGAGGAAGGCUCCAGGAACAUGGAAGUGGCGGAGUACAGGCUUCAUCCCGAUUACGACGCAAGCGGUAGCGCUGACGCAGACUUGGGUAUUAUAUUUCUGCGGGAGAGGGUCGAGUACAGCCGUUGGAUCAAACCGAUUUGUCUUUGGUCGGGGUCCACGGAGCUUCAGCACGUCGUCGGGAAAUCUGGAUACGUGGUGGGCUGGGGACGUGACGAGAACGGGAAUCAGUACAUCGAGGAGCCGCGGAUGAGCAAAGCUCCGAUCGUCUCUCAUGCGGUUUGUUUCUGGAGCAAUCCGAACUUCGUCUCGUUCACUUCGAACCGGACGUUCUGCGCCGGAUCGAGGGACGGAAGCGGACCCUGCAACGGUGAUAGCGGAAGCGGUUUCGUGAUGUACGACACCGACGCAGGUCGCUAUUAUCUACGAGGCAUCGUCUCUGGCUCUUUACUGGACAGCAAAACUAUGUCCUGUGACUUGUCGCAGUUCAUCGUCUACGUGGACGUCGCGAAACACUUGGACUGGAUACGGAAGCAAAUAUACACGUAGAUACACAGUCUCGAUUUAGUUACCUAGAAAUUAUCAGCAAUACUCUUUUAGGAGAUCGCACGAGCGUUAAUUCGACGGGAGUCGUCGCUACGAUUUUUUUCUUACAUGCAAUUUAAUAAGAAAAAGACGUAGGCAUAUUUGAAAGUUCGCCAAAUCGACACUCGUGCGACCGUAGUUUUACGCGUAAUAAAGAAAUUCAUGAAAUGGAGUAAAUCAAAAUAAUUUCGUGGUCAUGCCUGUAAAUACGCUAGUCGAUCAUCGUCAUUUCAUUAUGUAAAUCACAUCUGGAUGACCGAGUACUUAGAUAAUUAGUGUUUCAACGCGUAGACACGGAAUCAAUGGCAGACCAAUUGAUUUUAAUUUAUUCCCGAUUCCGUAUCAAUUCUCUAAGUAUCAUCUUCGUACAAUACAUCGAACGUUUCUCAAUUAAUAAUGAUCAAACAGCAUUUCAAUGAUCGCGCGAUGUAUUCUUCGCGUCAGUGUUCACGAUAUCAACGAUUUAUAGUGUACAUAAAUCUGACAUAGUUGUAAGUAUAGCGCAACAUUGACUAUUUAUAUUUUACGCUAGUUAACUGUUCAAUAAUAUUUAUUAUUAACUAAUUUUUAUAUUCUAUAAAAUAAAUUAGUCACUUUUGUAUAAAAUACAUGUAAUAAUCAUUCCCAUACAAUUUGACGUUUGUAUAUAAUUUCUGAUACUUGUUAUGUAUUUCUUUAACAGCAAAUUUUUCUAUGCCAAUGUAGUAAAACGAUUUUGUCAAGUAUGAAUAAACUAUAUACAUUUAUACGACUCUGUUUUAUUUUCGG